AUCAAUCAUGUGUUAGAUUUGUGAUUGGGUGUCAUCGAUUGGCCGAGGCAGUCCGAACCCUCACUAUACCCAAAGAAGGCUUCAAAGAUGGCACUAUCUUACAAACAGCUCUCGGAUCUUUUGUGGCGUUACACAUCUCGCGCUAGCCACUACCAUCAAUCACUGCCAUCUUGAUCUCAUCGAUAUAUGGAUGCACGUUCCCUUGCUACUUGAAUUCAUGCCGAAACAGUGAUAUAUAAACGUCUACUAAGUUACCCCGCUCUCUCACCCCCAUCCUCCAAUAGCAUGACUGUAGUCUCAAACGAUCCCAGUUGGUGGCCGACCAUCCAUGCGAAUAUUUUUUACAGCUAUUUCGUAGUUGCCUCCUGUGCUGCGGUAAUAUACGACUGGGGACUUACGUUCGCACAAGAGGUGGAACUAAUCUGGAGACAACGUUGGUCCCUGAUGACUGUUGUGUAUCUCGUUGCGCGAUAUGUUGCAAUAGGAUUCUCUGUGAUCAAAAUUUUCCAGAUUGUUCCAACAAUUUCGAUAACAGAUGCAUUGAGCCUUAUCAUGGACGAGGCACUGGCAUGCAUGGGCGACGUUGUAGAUAUAAUGCUAGGCGUCAUCAUGAUUGCUCGCUUGCAUGCCAUGUAUCAGCGAUCCAGAAAUGUGUUAAUAUUUCUCGUUGUCAUUUUCCUGGCCAUCAGAAUCGCCGUCGCAGUGAUGGUCGCAAUACAGCUGAUGCAUACCUCAGGGGAGGAACUUGUCCUCUCCGGCAAUUAUCUGUGCAUCAUUAACAUUGCGGGAGAUUCCCUAUUUAUGGGUCCCACGACAUGGAUACUUGGCAUUGUAUGGGAGGUCCUUGCAUUGUGUCUCGCAGUCUGGAUUGCUGUAAAGCACUUUCGUGAACUGCGACAACACUCAUCAGGAGGUAUCAUCGGGGACUGUUUCAUGAUGUUAAUUCAAACUCACGUUAAUUACUUUGCGGGCUUUGUUAUUAUUGCUUGCCUCUAUGUUGCUCAAUUGUCUCCAACGCUCUCAGCGACGUUCAGAUUUAUGAUGGUUUCGCUCAAAUCUUGUACAUGGUACAGCUGUCUGUGCUGGGACCACGCCUUAUCCUCAGUGUUCGAGAAUAUCAUGCAAAACUUGUGGCCGACUCUGAUACAGCAACGGCUAUGACUUCGAUUGUUUUCCAGGAAUGCGUUCAUGUGGAAACUAGCUGUAGCGUGUAGCGCAGGACAUUCUCGAUAUGAU